AUGUCACUUACAGAGCAGAUUGAGCAAUUUGCCAGUAGAUUUCGCGAUGAUGAUGCUACCUUACAAUCCAGGUAUUCUACACUAUCUGAGUUGUAUGAUAUAAUGGAACUGUUGAAUUCUCCUGAGGACUACCAUUUUUUUUUACAGGCUGUAGUACCUUUACUUUUAAAUCAACUGAAGGAAGUACCCAUCUCAUUCGAUGCACACUCACCAGAACAAAAACUAAGAAACUCGAUGCUCGAUAUUUUUAAUAGAUGCCUAAUGAACCAAACUUUUCAGCCUUACGCAUUGGAGGUACUGGAGUUCUUACUUUCAAUUCUACCAACUGAAAAUGAGGAAAAUGGUAUACUGUGUAUGAAAGUUUUGACCACGCUUUUUAAAUCAUUCAAAUCAAUACUGCAAGAUAAGCUUGAUUCGUUCAUACACAUUAUUAUCCAAAUUUAUAAAAACACUCCAAACCUAAUCAAUCAAACAUUUUAUGAGACAGGAAAGGAGAAACUUGAUGAUUUAAAUUCACCAAAACAAUCUCAUGCCGAUGAACUACUCGAUGAACUCUCUAAAAAUGACGAAGAUAAAGAAUUUUCAUCUAAGCAAUCAUCUACCGAACCAAGGUUUGAUGAAAACCCCACGUCAACAAACGGGUUGAGAUCAUCAAUGUUUUCUUUCAAGAUUCUUUCAGAAUGCCCUAUAACAAUGGUCACUUUAUAUUCAUCUUACAAGCAGCUAACUAGCACUUCGUUGCCUGAAUUUACACCUCUAAUCAUGGAUUUACUGAAUAUUCAAAUCAAACAACAACAAGAUGCGAGAGAGCAGGCUGAAUCUCACGGAGAGCAUUUUACUUCUAUCUCUUUGGAGAUUACUAAUAGACCAGCUUACUGUGAUUUCAUAUUGGCUCAGAUCAAAGCCACUUCCUUCUUAGCUUAUGUGUUCAUAAGAGGAUAUGCACCAGAAUUUUUACAGGAUUAUGUCAAUUUCGUCCCGGAUUUAAUCAUUAGACUCUUACAAGAUUGUCCCUCUGAAUUGUCAUCUGCCAGGAAAGAACUCUUACAUGCUACUAGACAUAUCCUAUCCACAAACUAUAAAAAACUCUUUUUGCCCAAAUUAGACUAUUUGUUCGAUGAACGUAUACUCAUUGGAAACGGCUUUACUAUGCACGAAACAUUGAGGCCAUUGGCCUAUAGUACUGUGGCAGAUUUCAUUCACAAUAUCAGAUCUGAAUUACAACUGAGUGAAAUCGAAAAAACCAUAAAAAUAUAUACCGGAUAUCUAUUGGAUGAGUCAUUAGCUUUGACGGUUCAAAUUAUGAGUGCGAAGUUACUACUUAACUUGGUGGAAAGGAUACUAAAAUUAGGCAAAGAGAAUCCUCAAGAAUCACCUAGAGCCAAGAAAUUGUUAAUGAUAAUUAUUGACUCAUAUAUGAAUAGAUUUAAGACCUUGAACAGGCAAUACGAUACAAUAAUGAAGUAUCAUACCAAAUAUGAAACAAACAAAAAGGAGAAAGCAGAACAACUAAAAAUCUCUAUAGAGAAUAACGACAAAGAGAGCGAGGAAUUCAUGAAGAGUAUACUGGAGCCAUCUGACGACAACGGGUUGGUACCAGAACUCAAGCAAGAAGACAAUAAUAAAAGUUUAGACGCUGCAGUGACAGAUUCUGUCAAAGAGGAUAGUUCCAUUGAGAUGUUUGACAUAAAAAACUAUGCCCCAAUAUUAUUAUUGCCCAUACCAACAAACGACCCUAUUAAAGACGCUUUUUAUUUAUACCGAACUUUAAUGUCCUUUUUGAAGACAAUUAUUCAUGACUUGAAGGUCUUCAAUCCUCCACCUAAUGAAUAUACAGUUGCCAAUCCUAAGUUAUGGGCAUCCGUGUCCAGAGUGUUCUCAUACGAAGAAGUCAUUGUUUUCAAAGAUCUAUUCCACGAAUGUAUCAUCGGCUUGAAGUUUUUCAAAGAUCAUAAUGAAAAACUAUCCGCAACACUUACAAAAAAGCAUUUUGAUAUAUCAAUGCCCAGUUUACCAGUCUCAGCCACGAAGGAUGCCCGCGAGUUGAUGGACUACUUGGCGUUUAUGUUUAUGCAAAUGGACAAUGCAACCUUUAAUGAAAUAAUUGAAGAGGAACUACCAUUCGUUUACGAAAGAAUGCUAGAAGAUUCAGGGUUGUUACAUGUUGCCCAAUCAUUUUUGACAAGUGAGAUUACCUCUCCAAAUUUUGCUGGCAUUCUUUUAAGGUUUUUGAAAGGCAAGUUAAAGGACUUAGGGAAUGUUGAUUUUAACACAUCUAACAUUUUAAUACGACUUUUCAAACUAUCCUUUAUGUCCGUUAAUCUUUUUCCAAACAUCAAUGAGGUCGUUCUGCUUCCACAUUUGAAUGAUCUAAUUUUAAACUCCCUCAAAUACUCAACUACUGCAGAAGAACCCCUGGUUUAUUUUUAUCUCAUCAGAACUCUCUUCAGAAGUAUAGGUGGUGGUAGAUUCGAAAAUUUAUAUAGAUCCAUUAAGCCUAUACUACAAGUGCUGUUACAGUCUUUGAAUCAGAUGAUACUUACUGCAAGAUUACCUCAUGAAAGAGAACUUUAUGUGGAAUUAUGCAUUACUGUACCUGUGCGUUUAAGCGUACUGGCUCCUUACUUACCAUACCUGAUGAAACCGUUGGUUUUUGCAUUACAACAAUACCCGGAUCUCGUUUCACAAGGCUUAAGGACCUUAGAGCUGUGUAUUGAUAACUUGACCGCCGAAUAUUUUGACCCAAUUAUUGAGCCUGUUAUCGACGACGUCUCGAAAGCCUUGUUCAAUCUUUUACAACCUCAACCGUUCAAUCAUGCUAUAAGUCAUAAUGUGGUUAGGAUAAUGGGCAAAUUGGGGGGAAGAAACCGCCAAUUUUUGAAACCACCAACGGAUCUUACAGAAAAAACCGAAUUAGAUAUCCAUGUUAUAGCCGAUUUCAAGAUUAAUGGUAUGCCAGAAGAUGUCCCACUCUCAAUAACACCGGGAAUUCAAUCUGCAUUGGACAUAUUAGAAAGCUACAAGACCGAUAUUCACUAUAAGAAAAGUGCCUACAAGUAUUUAACCUUCGUACUACUGUUAAUGACAAAAUCUUCCGCGGAAUUUCCUGAAAAUUACACAGAAUUGCUGAAAACAGCAGUAAAUUCCAUAAAGCUGGAAAAAAUUGAGCUAAAAAAAGACUUCAAUUUAGAACCGACUGUAAACAAAAGAGAUUUUUCAAAUCAAGAAAGUUUGUUUUUAAGAUUAUUGGAAAGCGUCUUUUAUGCAACUUCCAUUAAAGAAUUAAAAGAUGAAGCAAUAUCUCUCUUAAACAACCUUCUGGACCAUUUCUGCUUAUUACAAGUUAAUACCACCUUACUGAACAAAAGAAACUAUAACGGAACAUUUAAUAUUGAUUUGAAGAAUCCAGAUUUCAUGUUGGAUAGUUCAUUGAUUUUAGAUGCUAUUCCUUUUGCCCUUUCAUACUAUAUUCCAGAAGUUCGUGAGGUAGGCAUUAUGGCGUAUAAGCGAAUAUAUGAAAAGAGUUGUCUGAUAUAUGGAGAAGAAUUAGCUUUGAGCCAUUCGUUUAUACCGGAAUUGGCUAAACAAUUCAUUCAUCUAUGUUACGACGAAACUUAUUACAACAAGAGGGGCGGUGUCUUAGGUAUUAAGGUCUUAAUUGAUAAUGUAAAGUCGUCUUCAGCUUUCCUAAAAAAAUACCAGUACAACUUAGCAAACGGUUUACUAUUUGUAUUAAAGGACACUCAGAAUGAGGCCCCCUCUGCCAUAACGGAUAGCGCUGAAGAAUUAUUAAUAGAGCUAUUAAGCAUUACUUUCACCGAUGUGAAAGAAGAAGAUUUGGGUAACAAAGUCUUGGAAAAUACUUUGACCGAUAUCGUAUGCGAAUUAAGUAAUGCAAAUGCAAAGGUAAGAAGUGCUUGCCAGAAAUCUCUACACACAAUAUCAGACCUUACUGGAAUUUCAGUGGUGAAGUUGAUGGAUCAUUCCAAACAAUUUCUUUUAUCACCAAUAUUCGCAAAACCUUUAAGAGCAUUGCCAUUUACAAUGCAAAUUGGUAAUGUCGAUGCUAUCACGUUCUGCCUAAGCUUACCAAACACAUUCUUAACAUUUAAUGAAGAAUUAUUUAGAUUACUACAAGAAUCUAUUGUAUUAGCAGAUGCAGAAGAUGAGUCGCUUUCUACAAAUAUUCAGAAGACAACCGAAUACAGUACUUCAGAACAACUAGUACAACUAAGAAUAGCGUGCAUAAAAUUGCUUGCCAUUGCUCUAAAAAAUGAAGAAUUUGCUACAGCCCAACAAGGGAACAUUAGGAUUCGUAUUUUAGCUGUAUUUUUCAAGACAAUGUUAAAGACAUCGCCAGAAAUCAUCAAUACUACAUAUGAAGCUCUUAAGGAAUCUUUAGCAGAAAAUUCAAAGCUGCCAAAAGAAUUGCUCCAAAAUGGGCUAAAACCUCUAUUAAUGAAUUUAUCCGACCACCAAAAGUUGACAGUUCCUGGUUUAGAUGCUUUGUCGAAACUGCUCGAAUUACUGAUCGCCUACUUUAAAGUGGAAAUUGGAAGAAAAUUACUAGAUCACCUCAGUGCAUGGUGCCGUGUUGAGGUUCUUGACACGUUAUUUGGCCAAGAUUUAGUGGAACAAAUGCCGACUAAGAUAAUUAUCAACAUCAUCAACAUUUUCCAUUUACUUCCACCACAAGCUGAUAUGUUUUUGAAUGAUUUGUUACUUAAAGUUAUGCUUCUAGAAAGAAAACUACGACUUCAAUUAGAUUCACCAUUUCGUACACCACUGGCCAAGUAUCUAAACCGUUUUCAUGGUCCCGUCACGGAAUACUUUAAAAAAAACAUGACAUUAAGGCAAUUAGUUCUUUUCAUGUGUAACAUUAUUCAGAGGCCUGAGGCAAAAGAUUUGGCUGCAGAUUUUGAGAGAGAACUUGAUUGGUUUUAUGAUUUCUAUAUUUCCAACAUACCAAAGAAUCAAGUACGUGUUGUCAGUUUCUUUACCAAUAUGGUAGACCUAUUUAAUACCAUGGUAAGAACAAAUGGAGACGAAUGGCUGAAGAGAAAAGGUGACAUGGUUUUGAAGUUGAAAGAUAUGCUAAGUUUAACCUUAAAAACAAUAAAAGAAAACUCGUUUUAUAUCGAUCACUUACAACUGAACCAAAGUAUCGAAAAAUUCCAAAACCUUUAUCUACGGUACACUAAAUUAGCGGAUGGAGACCAAGGUUCUUUAUUUUUAGAUUUUAUUGAUUUUUCGUUUUCAAAUGGUAUCAAAGCCUCCCAUUCCUUGAAGAAAUUUAUUUUCCAUAAUAUAAUUGCGAAUUCAAAUAAAAAGGAACAGAAUGAUCUCAUUAAUAAUAUGAUUGCUUUUGCUAUAUCGGACAAGUGUUUGGAUGCUAAGAUAUUUGUUCUUAAAAAUGUGAUAAAUUCUACAUUAAUUUAUGAAGUUACGACGGUUGGAUCUUUGAAAAACUUCCUUGUUGACGAUAAAAAGCCUAAAUGGUUGGAACUACUUCACAAUAAAAUCUGGAAGAAUUCAAACGCAAUUUUAGCAUAUGAUGUUAUAGAUCAUCAUGAUCUGUUUCGUUUUGAACUAUUGCAACUAUCAGCAAUUUUUAUCAAAGCGGAUCCUGAUAUGAUAGCCGAAAUAAAGAAAGACAUAAUAAAGUUUUGCUGGAACUUUAUUAAAUUUGAAGAUACUUUAAUCAAACAGUCCGCCUAUUUGGUAACAUCAUACUUUAUAUCUAAAUUCGACUUUCCUAUCAAGGUUGUCACCCAAGUUUUUGUUGCAUUACUGCGCUCUUCGCAUGUCGAAGCUAGGUACCUAGUCAAACAAUCAUUGGAUAUUCUUACUCCUGUUCUCCAUGAACGUAUGAAUGCUGCUGGGACUCCAGAUACAUGGAUUAACUGGGUGAAAAGGGUGAUGGUAGAAAAUUCUUCUAGUCAGAAUAAUAUCUUAUACCAGUUUUUGAUAAAUCACCCUGAUUUGUUUUUUAAUUCAAGGGAUUUGUUCAUAUCGAAUAUUAUUCACCAUAUGAACAAGAUAACUUUUAUGACUAAUGCGAAUCCUGAUAGUCAUACCUUAGCUAUUGAUUUAGCUUCGUUGAUACUUUAUUGGGAAAACAAGUCUUUGGAUAUCAGCAAUAGAAAUAAUACUAAGACUGAUGCUGAGGGUGAUGUUGUAAUGUCUGAUCUCCAAACCGAUACCAAUCCAGUCGAAUCUGACACAACAGCAAUAAUUGUAGAUACAAACAAUAACUCACCUAUUUCUUUACAUCUACGCGAGGCUUGUACGGCUUUCUUAAUAAGGUAUGUGUGUGCAAGCAACCACCGUGCCAUAGAAACAGAACUGGGAUUGAGAGCUAUUAACAUUCUGUCAGACUUAAUUUCAGACAAGCACUGGACAAAUGUCAAUGUCAAAUUAGUUUACUUCGAAAAAUUUUUGAUAUUCCAAGACCUUGAUUCUGAGAACAUUCUUUAUUAUUGUAUGAAUGCACUAGAUGUCCUGUACGUAUUCUUUAAAAACAAGACACCAGAAUGGAUAAUGGAAAACCUUCUAACUAUCCAAAAUCUACUAGAAAAAUGUAUCAAAUCCGAUCAUCAUGAUGUACAGGAAGCAUUGCAAAAAGUUUUGCAUGUGAUCAUGAAGGCAAUAAAAGCACAAGGUACUUCGAUAAUAGCAGAAGAGGAAACCCCUGGGAAAGUGUUCUCUCAGAUGCUAAUCUCUGUCAUUACUCAAGACCUUCAAGAAACCUCAUCUGUUACAGCUGGUGUAACACUUGCGUGGGUGCUUUUCAUGAACUUCCCAGACAGUGUUAUAUCGUUACUUACCCCUUUAAUGAAAACAUUCAGCAAACUGUGCAAAGAUCACCUAAGCAUAUCUCAACCAAAGGAUGCAAUGGCCUUGGAAGAGGCAAGAAUUACGACCAAACUUUUGGAAAAAGUUUUGUACAUAUUGUCUCUAAAAGUUUCAUUAUUGGGUGAUUCACGUCGGCCGUUUCUUUCCACAGUGGCGCUUUUGAUCGAUCACUCUAUGGAUCAAAAUUUCUUGAGAAAAAUCGUCAACAUGUCUAGAAGUUGGAUAUUCAACACCGAAAUAUUUCCAACUGUUAAAGAGAAGGCUGCUAUUUUAACCAAAAUGCUGGCGUUUGAGAUAAGAGGAGAACCUUCUUUAUCAAAAUUAUUCUACGAAAUUGUUUUGAAGCUAUUCGAUCAAGAACAUUUUAAUAAUACAGAGAUUACUGUAAGAAUGGAACAACCUUUCUUAGUAGGAACGCGUGUCGAAGAUAUCGGCAUUAGAAAAAGGUUCAUGACAAUUCUAGAUAACAGUUUAGAAAGAGAUAUCAAAGAGAGAUUAUAUUAUGUUAUACGUGACCAAAACUGGGAAUUCAUCGCCGACUAUCCAUGGUUAAAUCAAGCUUUGCAACUGUUAUAUGGUUCUUUCAACAAGGACAAAGAACUGUUUUUAAGGGACAUCUACUACUUGUCUCCUCCAUCUAUCUUAAAAGAGUACCUCCCUGAAAAUAUUGAAAUAGUAACCGAAGUAAAUGACCAAGAAUUGUUAGAUUUUGUCAAAAAUCACAUAUAUUCUAUGCAAGACUUGUGUCAGGUAAACUCUUCAGAUUUUAUCGAUUCCUUAAUUGAAAUCUUUUACCAAGAUCCAAAAGCAAUCCACAAGGCGUGGGUUAGCUUGUUUCCUCAAGUAUAUAAGAGUAUUCCCAAAAAUGAAAAGUAUGGGUUUGUUCGUUCCAUUAUUACAUUGCUUUCCAAACCUUAUCACACCAGACAAAUCUCCUCUAGGACCAAUGUUAUCAACAUGCUUUUAGACUCCAUAAGUAAGAUUGAAUCGUUAGAGUUGCCCCCUCAUUUGGUGAAAUACCUGGCGAUAUCUUAUAAUGCCUGGUACCAAUCCAUCAAUAUUUUAGAAUCCAUUCAAACCAACACCAGUAUCGAUAAUACAAAAAUUAUCGAGGCCAAUGAAGACGCACUAUUAGAAUUGUAUGUCAAUUUACAAGAAGAAGACAUGUUUUAUGGCCUAUGGAGACGUAGAGCUAAGUAUACCGAGACAAAUAUCGGACUAUCAUAUGAACAAAUUGGGCUGUGGGACAAAGCUCAGCAACUAUAUGAGGUUGCGCAGGUAAAAGCCCGUAGUGGAGCAUUACCUUACUCACAAUCUGAGUAUGCGUUAUGGGAAGAUAACUGGAUCCAAUGUGCUGAGAAAUUACAACAUUGGGACGUAUUAACUGAAUUGGCCAAGCACGAAGGCUUUACAGACUUGCUACUGGAAUGCGGUUGGCGUGUUGCUGAUUGGAAUAGUGAUCGUGAUGCCCUUGAGCAAUCUGUGAAGAGUGUUAUGGAUGUUCCAACCCCACGUAGGCAAAUGUUUAAAACCUUUUUGGCUCUUCAAAAUUUUGCAGAAACUCGAAAAGGUGACCAGGAAGUUAGGAAACUAUGUGAUGAGGGCAUACAGUUGAGUUUGAUCAAGUGGGUAUCUUUACCAGUUAGAUACACCCCAGCUCAUAAAUGGUUGUUACACGGAUUCCAACAAUAUAUGGAGUUCUUAGAGGCAACACAAAUAUAUGCCAAUUUGCAUACAACAACAGUACAGAACCUGGAUUCCAAAGCUCAAGAAAUCAAGCGUAUCUUACAAGCUUGGAGAGAUCGCCUUCCAAACACAUGGGAUGAUGUUAACAUGUGGAAUGACCUAGUUACAUGGAGACAACAUGCAUUUCAGGUCAUCAACAAUGCAUAUCUUCCAUUGAUACCAGCACUUCAACAAUCGAAUAGCAAUAGUAACAUCAAUACUCACGCUUAUAGAGGAUAUCAUGAAAUUGCUUGGGUCAUUAACAGAUUUGCACAUGUUGCAAGGAAACACAAUAUGCCAGAUGUGUGUAUCAGUCAAUUGGCACGUAUCUACACCUUGCCAAAUAUCGAAAUCCAAGAAGCUUUCUUAAAACUGAGAGAACAAGCCAAAUGCCACUAUCAAAACAUGAACGAAUUGACAACUGGUUUGGAUGUCAUCAGUAACACGAAUCUAGUUUACUUUGGUACCGUACAAAAAGCUGAAUUUUUCACAUUAAAAGGUAUGUUUUUGUCUAAGCUACGUGCAUACGAGGAAGCCAAUCAAGCUUUUGCGACAGCUGUCCAGAUUGACCUGAACUUAGCAAAAGCGUGGGCACAAUGGGGUUUCUUCAAUGACCGUCGUUUGUCUGAGGAACCAAAUAAUAUUAGUUUUGCCAGCAACGCCAUCAGUUGCUACUUACAAGCUGCGGGUUUAUAUAAGAAUUCAAAGAUCAGGGAACUAUUGUGCAGAAUUCUGUGGCUUAUCAGUAUGGACGAUGCUUCAGGUAUGCUUACAAACGCAUUUGAUUCAUUUAGAGGCGAAAUUCCUGUUUGGUACUGGAUUACUUUUAUCCCACAACUAUUGACUUCUUUAUCACAUAAGGAAGCUAACAUGGUCCGCCAUAUUUUGAUUAGAAUCGCUAAAAGUUAUCCUCAAGCGCUUCACUUCCAAUUGAGAACAACAAAAGAAGAUUUUGCUGUCAUUCAGAGACAAACAAUGGCAGUUAUGGGGGAUAAACCAGAUACGAACGACCGCAAUGGACGUCGCCAACCUUGGGAGUACCUACAAGAAUUGAACAACAUCCUAAAAACGGCUUAUCCACUAUUGGCCUUAUCUCUAGAGUCACUUGUUGCCCAAAUAAACGAUCGCUUUAAAUCCACCACUGACGAAGAUCUUUUCAGAUUGAUAAACGUGCUUUUGAUUGACGGAACAUUGAAUUACAAUCGCUUACCAUUUCCUAGAAAUAAUCCAAAACUUCCUGAAAAUACGGAAAAGAAUUUGGUUAAAUUUUCCACGACUUUGUUGGCACCUUACAUAAGGCCAAAAUUCAAUGCCGAUUUCAUUGAUAGCAAGCCAGAUUAUGAGACUUAUAUCAAGAGGUUGCGUUAUUGGCGUAGGAGACUGGAAAAUAAACUGGAUAGAGCAUCGAAGAAAGAAAACCUAGAAGUACUAUGCCCACAUUUGAGUAAUUUCCAUCACCAAAAAUUCGAAGACAUAGAAAUUCCUGGCCAGUAUCUUUUGAAUAAGGAUAAUAAUGUUCACUUCAUUAAGAUCGCAAGAUUCUUACCUACUGUUGAUUUCGUUCGCGGAACUCAUUCCUCGUAUAGACGUCUAAUGAUUCGUGGACAUGACGGUAGCGUGCACUCAUUUGCUGUCCAGUAUCCAGCCGUUCGUCAUUCAAGAAGAGAAGAAAGAAUGUUCCAAUUAUACAGAUUAUUCAACAAAUCACUAUCCAAGAAUGUAGAAACAAGACGUCGUAAUAUUCAGUUCAAUUUACCAAUAGCUAUUCCUCUAUCUCCACAAGUUCGCAUAAUGAAUGAUAAUGUAUCUUUUACCACCCUUCAUGAAAUACAUAAUGAAUUUUGUAAGAAAAAGGGAUUCGAUCCCGACGAUAUUCAGGACUUCAUGGCUGAAAAAUUAAAUGCAGCACAUGAUGAUGCUUUACCUGCCCCAGAUAUGACUAUAUUGAAGGUUGAGAUUUUCACUUCUAUUCAAACAAUGUUUGUACCAUCGAAUGUUUUAAAGGACCACUUCACUUCGUUGUUUACUCAAUUUGAAGAUUUCUGGUUAUUCCGCAAACAGUUUGCUUCACAAUAUAGUGCGUUCGUCUUCAUGUCCUACAUGAUGAUGAUCAACAACCGUACUCCUCAUAAAAUCCAUGUUGACAAAAAAUCUGGUAACGUAUUUACCUUGGAGAUGCUGCCUUCAAGAUUCCCGUAUGAAAGAGUGAAACCGUUGCUAAAAAACCACGACUUGAAUCUUCCACCAGAUUCUCCUAUAUUCCACAACAAUGAACCGGUGCCGUUUAGAUUAACUCCUAAUAUUCAAACUUUGAUAGGUGAUUCCGCUUUAGAAGGUAUAUUUGCUGUUAACUUAUUUACUAUAUCACGUGCCCUAAUUGAACCUGAUAAUGAGUUAAACACAUAUUUGGCGCUUUUCAUCCGUGAUGAAAUCAUAUCGUGGUUUAGUAAUCUCCAUCGUCCAAUAAUCGAGAAUCCACAGUUACGUGAGAUGGUUCAAACCAACGUAGAUCUAAUUAUAAGAAAGGUAGCUCAAUUGGGCCAUUUGAACUCGACACCUACAGUCACAACCCAAUUUAUUCUAGAUUGUAUUGGCAGCGCUGUUAGUCCAAGAAACUUAGCCAGAACCGAUGUAAACUUCAUGCCAUGGUUCUAG